AUGUCGACUCCAACUCUUGCCGAGAAGCUGGACAAGAUCCGGUCUCCCGGUCUUCAAAGCCAGAAAAGGACAGCGGUAGUACUCGAGGCGGUCGACGCAACAUUGAAGGAGCAAAAGACCGAGCCCACACCAACUGGCUACUUCGCCGCGCUUUUGGCACUGCUUACACAGGCCGUCGAAAGCGGUAACAUCAGCUCCGAGACGACGACCUCUGUUGUCUACCUCCUCGAUACCGUAACGCCGUUUGCGCCUCAACCUCUCCUCCGAGCCAAGUUCACCCAGAUUCUCACCUCUCUCGCCCCCGUACUUCUUCUGCAAGAUGCCGAGGCUCUUCUUCUCCGAUCUUCUAUCGGCUGCCUGGAGUCUUUGCUGCUUGCACAGGACUCUGGCGCCUGGGAACUUGGCGUAACGCAGAUUGGUCCCCGAAGAGCCGUCGCUGGUUUGCUCAACCUGGCCCUCGACCACCGCCCAAAGAUCCGAAAGAGAGCGCAAGAGGCGCUGCGAAACGUUCUGAAAAACGCGCCCCCGAGUCCCUCGUUGGAUCACCCAGCCGCCGACAUGUGCGCGCACACCGCCCUUGCCAACUUGGAAGACAUUGCCGGAAAGGCUGCGCAGGCGAAGAAGCAGAAGAACGGAGCCGAGUCGGCCCACGAUCCCGCCCUUAUCCACGCUCUCCAACUCAUUAAGACUAUUGCCUCUUCCAGCGGUGGCUGGCCCAGCAAGAAGAUCGAAUCCCUCUGUGAGCUGUUGCUUGGCAUCUCUAGGUCAGGCAACGAGUACAUGACCAUGGCAACUUUUGAGAUUUUUGAGAUGAUUUUCGAGGGAAUGGCCGAUGAAGUUGCGUCAGCUAAACUUCCCCGACUUAUGGAGAUCAUUUCGGAGUUGCGACCCGCCGCGAACGACACGCAAUUGAUCCCUCCAUGGUUGGCUAUCCUUUCCAGAGGUUACGAUGUUUCAGCGCAGCUCGAGCCCGAAGAGGUCUUCCAGAACUUGCCCGGAAUUUUCUCCAUGGUCGCCCAGUACCUGGAGUCCUCAGCUCACAACAUCCGCGUUUCCGCCUCUGAAUGUUUGGUCUCAUUCCUGGCGAAUUGCAUCCCUAAGCAAGUCAUCUUGGAGCCAUCAAUCUACGACGAAAAGACUUUGGACAAGAUCGCCAAGAUCGCGGAGUCUCUGCUUAGCGUAAAGUAUCAGCAGGCUUGGAUGGAGAGCUUCAACGUGUUCGGAGCGAUGUUUGACGCCCUGAGAUGGCGAGCUCACCCCAUGAUGCUCAAUAUCACCAAGGCUGUUGGAGAUCUUCGUGGAAGCGACUCUUUCCAAGGCAAAAAGGAAGCCGACGAAGUCAUUGGCAAGGCUAUUCGUGCCAUGGGCCCCGAAGCUGUUCUCUCCAUCCUACCUCUCAACUUAGCUAAGCCUGUCAAGGGCCAACAAGGUCGUGCUUGGAUGUUCCCCAUCCUCCGCGACUACGUCAGCAACACCAAUCUUUCUCAUUUCCGCCGUGAGAUGGUUCCCCUGAGUGAGAUCAUGUUCCAAAGGGUUUUGGACCAUGGCAAGGCCGAGAAAACCAUGGAGGUCAAGAUUUUCGAGACCCUAGUGCAACAAAUUUGGGCCACCUUGCCAGGAUACUGUGACCUUCCCCUUGAUCUGACUGAGGCGUUCGAUCAAAGCUUCGCCGAACUUCUGGCCAACAUUCUGUACAAGCAAAUUGAACUGCGCCUGGAGGUCUGCCGUGCGCUUAAGAUCCUUGUUGAGUCCAACCAGGCUAUUGCCACUAUCGAAGAUGCCGAGGAGGACUUGGUCCUUCAGAGCCGUGUCUCGAGAGCUACAGCCAAGAAGAACCUGGAACACUUGGGUGGCUUCGCCGGUAACAUGCUUGCUGUUCUUUUCAAUGUCUACACCCAGACACUACCUCAGUCAAGAGGUCCCAUCCUUCUUACUAUCAAUGCUUUCUUGAGCGUCACUCCAGAGAAAGAACUCAUUGAGACUUUCGACCGUGUGAGCAAGAUGCUUGCAUCUGAACUGCAGCAGACCGCCGAGCAGCAAGAUAAGCCCAAGCAGCAGCAAAAGCCCAAAGACCAGAUGCCUUCAACAAGCAGCACCUUGAUGGAUCUGAUCAUUACUAUAUCUGUGUAUCUGCCCCGCGAGAGCUUCACCGCUCUUUUUGAAAUCGCCUCUGUCAUCAUCUUCAAGGAGAACGAGCCACAGCUGCAAAAGAAGGCUUACAAGCUCGUCCCCCGUCUUGCCGAGUCGGAGACUGGCAAGUUGGCGCUUCAGGAGCGUGGUGAAGAGCUUCAGCAAAUGUUCCUGAACAGCGCCGAAAAGGUUUCCGCCCCUGCUCGCAGGGAGCGUCUGGCCGCUCUCUCCGCACUGCUCUCCUUCGUUCCCGAUACCUCCCUCCACUUUAUCCCGUCAAUACUCAGCGAGGUCGUCAUUUGCUGCAAGGAGAACAACGAGCGUGCCAGAGAAGCCGCCUAUGACCUAUUGGUUCAGAUGGGCCACCGUAUGGAGUCGGCAAACAAUGCCACCAUCGACAACAAGAAGAUUCCUCACAUGCCCGAAGAUGCGCCGGCCGGCAAGGCCAACAUCGAAGAAUUCCUCACCAUGGUCUCCGCCGGUCUCGUCGGCAGCACCCCUCACAUGAUCUCUGCGUCCAUUACCGCUCUCAGCCGUGUUUUGUACGAGUUCAGGAGGUCUUUCAGCCAGCAGACCCUGGCCGAUCUCGUCCAGACCAUGGACCUCUUCCUGACUUCCAACAACCGAGAAAUCGUCAAAAGUGUUUUGGGCUUCGUCAAGAUCUGCGUUGUCAGUCUCCCCUCAGAGCUUGUCAUCCCCCGCCUUUCGUCCCUCAUCCCCAACCUCAUUAUCUGGGGUCACGAGCACAAGGGCCACUUCAAGAGCAAGGUCAGGCAUAUUCUUGAGAGAAUGGUGCGCAAGUUCGGCUACGACCUCGUCAACCAGAACUGCCCCGAGAGCGACCGCAAGCUCAUCAACAACAUCCGCAAGACCAAGGAGAGAAGCAAGAAGAAGAAGGACGCUGCCAGGCAGGCGGGUGAGGAGAGCGACGAGGAUGACGGCCGCCAGGGACGCAAGUUUGACAACGAACUCGACCAGGCUCUCUACAGCAGCGACUCAGAAGGCUCAGAGGAGGAGUCCGACGACGAGGACGCUGCUGCGGCUGUCAAAGCCAGGCGCGGCAACAGGAAGGGUGGCAACACCUACAUUGUCGAGGACGAGGACGAGCCACUUGACUUGCUCGACCGUAACGCCCUGGCCAACAUCUCUUCCACCAAACCUGUCAAGAUGCGCAAGCCGACCAAGACCAAGGCCAAGACUGAUCUCGACGGCAAGCUGAUUCUGGGUAAGGACAGUGAUGAUGAGAUGGAAGUUGACGGUGCCGACAACGGCGAGUCUGGUGUCAACGCCUAUGUCGCUGCCCUCAAGGGCAAGGAUGUGGCUCGCAAGGGUCGCAGCGGCAAGCUCAAGUUCAGCAACAAGCGCGGCCAAGAAGAUGACGAAAUGGAGGACAUGGACGAGGGCGACGCUGCUGCUGUCAAGGCGCAGGUUGACAAGAGCCGUGGUGGCGGUAGGCCUUUCCGUGGUGGUCGUGGCGGCCGAGGCGGCAAUGCCCGCGGCGGACGUGGUGGCAGGGGCGGCAUCGCUUCCGGCCGCAAGGGUCUCGGCGAAGACAGGAGACGUGGCCCUACGUCGAACGGAGGCGUGAACAAGGGCCGCAGCAGGGGCGGACGAAGGUAG